CGAGCUCUGUUUCGAUUAGCUUUGCCUUACAGGAACCAAUCCGUUUAUUCUGUCGGACUUUGCUUCCUCGAGCUGCUGUCAUUUCGUUUCUGGACACAGAAAUGUUUCGCCACGACGCGCGAUUAAUCACGGAAGAAGAAUCGGAUGUCACAGGAGUGAACGAGACGACAUGACGAGUUUUUUAUGAAACGCAAAAGACGAGAUGAAGACAUCGAAUGGUUGGUGGAAACCAUGAGGGAUGACACACUGUUGUGGCCCAAUGCGGACACAGUUGCAGGGGCAGAUUGAAUGCUGCUGAAGUCUCAAGGCUCUGAGCCUUCUGGAGUGCUGCCAUGACCAGUCAGGGAGGCAGCAAUGUGGACACACCCAGCCACCUGCCUUCCUCGCCAUCCUCAUUCCUCCGGUCGUCCUCAGGUCCAAAACUACAUGUGCAGCGCUCACUCUCCCGUGACACAAUCACCAUCCAUUUCUCAACCCAGGGCAAGGAGGAGGAAGAAGAGGAUGAAGAGCUCUACAAAUUGGCCAUGUCCACAUCUGCUGUGGAUGUUGAUGAUCAGGGCAUAGUCACAGCUUUGGAGGCCAGCGAGGAGUUGCUGUUCGAAGGAACAGGUACGGGUUCAAGGGUGCCCUCUGCGUCUUCUACUAUAACAUCAUCUUCUGCAGUCACCCAUACGCAAAGCUCAGCUUUAGCCAUCCAACCAACAUUCACCAGCCUUGGCUCCUCCUCCGUUUAUAGCCCUGCUAGCUCCUCCUGGCCCUCAGAGCACUGGUCCCAACUCCCACCACCUGCCACUUAUUCUGCCUCUUCCACUUCAUCACCAGUCAAGUCCACAGCUGUGCACUCAAAGCCAUUCCUCAGCCUUGUGAGGUCUCUCUCCACUGAAGUGGAGCCUCGUGAAGGCAUCCCUUCAGCCACUGCCCCACAGACUAUGCGACACCGACAUCUGAUGAAGACUCUAGUCAAGUCUUUGUCCACUGACACGGCCCGUCCUGAACAGGAAGCCCCAUCACACCGGCCUCUUGAUUCCCGUCGCAACCUGCACCUUUUCAAACCUUUUACCCAACCUCGUGUCCCAACCAAUGCCAGUGGUGACUCCAAAACAGCGCCAUCUUCUCCCAUUGCUUCACCCGAUGGGCGUUCAUUCUUCAAGGUACAGGAAGUUGAAGCACGUAUUGAAGAUACCAAGCGGCGCCUCUCCGAGGUAAUGUGUGAACCCCUACAGCUGCUUAGCAAGAUUAUUGGUGAAGAAGGAGGAAGUACUGCUAGUGGAGGUUCAGUGACUGGAACAUCAUGGGGGCCCCAACAUCCCAAAAGUCUCUCAUCUAGCGCCUCAGAGCUCUGUAGUCUUACAGCCCUCAAUGGCCACUUGGAAAGCAAAACUGACUAUUGCAUCAAAGAGGAAGAUGACUUGGAGGGAGAAAGUCCACCAGGGAUAGCCACCAAUGUUCCGGUUAUACCCAAGUCACCUUCACUAGGCCUUGACAGGUGCUUUAUGUCAGUCCUGGCCAGGCAGGAAGAUGAAGAGUUCUGUGAGCUUUACAGUGAAGAUUUCGAGCUCUGCACAGACACGGAAGCAGAUGGUGACUUUGGCACCUCCACCCAACUCCAACGGGGUAGCACAGCAUGCAGUGAAGAACCAACUGAGGGGGGUGAGGAGGAAGAAGAUGAGGACGAGGAAGAGGUCCCUCCGACCAUACCACAUAAUGGACUUCUCCUGCUCAUUUCUGUUGUGUAUGGCUACUUUGUUUUGCCGUUGCCCACGUACAUAGGUGGUGUUUUGCUUGGAGUAGCUGCAGGCUUCAUGCUAGCAAUACUGGUGGUGUGGUUGUCAGCUCCUCGUGGUUCUUCUUGGGGUCCUCACUUCAGACGAUGUAAGAGAGAACGCUGGAAUGGGGUUCCACUAGACAUCAAAGAGCCAAUCAUCUAUAAGGGUUGGAUGAACGAGAUUUACAGCUACGACCCAGAGACGUACCACGCGACCCUAACCCAUUCAGUAUAUGUGCGUCUUGAAGGCUCUGUGCUGCGUCUGUCCAAACCCAACCGCAAUAUUCCCCGCCGUGCCACCUUCAGUGAACCCAAACCUGACAUCACGUACAUCAGCCAGAAGAUCUACGACCUGACCAACAGCAAGAUCUACCUGGUGCCCCACAGCCUGGCCAGAAAACGUGUGUGGAACAAAAAGUAUCCCAUUUGCAUUGAGCUGGCCAAACAGGAUGACUUCAUGUCGAAGAGAGACCAAACUGAAGCGGAGGAAGAGAAAAUCCUGGCUUCAGGUGAAAGGACUGAGGGGGUAGGGGGUAGCGAGGAAACAAAGCGCUCCACAGAGCCUGUCCUGUACCUGUUCGGGAGGACAGGAAGAGAGAAAGAAGAAUGGUUCAGGAGAAUGCUGCUAGCCUCCAGGCUCAAAGCUGAGAUCAAGAAACCCACUGACCUGCUUGCAUCUUGCCUCCCUUCCUACAGCAGUGGGAGCAGCCAAGCAGGCGCUUUGUCUCACAGCUGCAGCAGUAGUCAGGGCAGUCUAGAUGACGUGCUACAGUCUAAACCACGGCAGAAAGAUGUCAAACAAAAAGUACUGGACUACAACGUCUACAUGGCUAAAUAUAUCAGCCACUCUUCAGGGAGUCCAAAUCCCAGCCCUCUUCACAGUACUGACAGCAGUCCGAGGAACGUAACGAAGUUCCCAGCAGUUCCAGGCACAGAGGCUGAGUCUGAGGCCUGGGUCAACGCCCUACUGGGCCGCAUCUUCUGGGACUUCCUCAGGGAGAAGUACUGGGCUGAUAUGGUCUCCAAAAAGAUCCAAAUGAAGCUGAGUAAGAUCCGGCUGCCAUACUUUAUGAAUGAGCUGACACUGACUGAACUGGACAUGGGUAUGGCCAUUCCCAAGAUUCUUAAGGCCUCCAAACCAUCAGUGGACCAUCAAGGUCUAUGGUUUGACUUGGAGAUCUCUUACACUGGAUCUUUCCUGAUGACUCUGGAGACGAAGAUGAAUCUGGCCAGGCUUGGGAAGGAGGGAGAGAGCAUUGGAGAACAAGGAAAAGAGGGACCACGUACAUACUGCCUGGCCGACAGCGAUGAGGAAUCCUCCAGUGCCGGAUCAUCUGAUGAGGAGGAUCCAGCAGAAGUUCCUGAAAUGCCAGGGACAGAGGGGUUCGUCGGAGGACACCGGCCGAGCAAGAUCAUGCGCUUUGUAGACAAGAUCACAAAGUCAAAGUAUUUUCAGAAGGCCACCGAGACGGAGUUCAUAAAGAAGAAGAUGGAGGAGAUGUCCAACACUCCUCUUCUCCUCACUGUGGAAGUGCAAGAGUGCAGGGGCAUGCUGGCCAUCAACAUUCCACCUCCCCCUACAGACAGAAUAUGGUACGGCUUCAGGAGGCCUCCUCAUCUCGAGCUGAAAGCCCGACCUAAACUUGGUGAGAGAGAGGUCACUUUCGCCCAUGUUACUGACUGGAUCGAGAAGAAACUGGAUCAGGAGUUUCAGAAAAUAUUUGUCAUGCCAAAUAUGGACGACGUGUGGUUACCCAUCAUGCACUCAGCCAUGGACACACGGUCCAGCGUGAACUUAGCUACUGUGACGACCGAUGCCUUGAAAGAUGCGGCUCCUUUGGACCUUGAACAAACUGCGGAUGACUUUUGAAGGCUGAUAAAACUGUCAUAUGAGACUUUGGGGAGUCAGCCAAGGGCACUUGCUAGAUUAUGUUCUUAACUGAAGGUUAGCUGGAAAUAUAUGAGUGUGUCUAAAGGCAUAGUAGUAAACUAAUGCAUUUGUAUUAGACCUUGAACUGAGUCGAGUUCUGCUGAAUAAUGCUUUACGAGCAGAGGCAGUUCUGGCAGUGUUUGAUACAUUUUUGGUAAUUAAAACAUACAACCUUGGAUUAAAGUCAGCUAUGGCUACAGCAAACGUCUGGGUUGAAGAACUCGCAUACGACCACAUUAUUAGGAACACCUGCCCAUUCAGGCUACUAUUCAGUCAGACAGUCAAGUGGCAACAGCGCAAAAACAUAAAAUCAUACAGAUACAGGUCAAGAGCUUAUUUUUAGCUUCAAACCAAAUAUCGGACUAGUGGAAAAUAUGAUGAAGUGACUUUGAGAGUGGCAGGAUUGCUGGCACUAGGCUAGUUUGAGAAUUUCUGAAACUGCAGAUUUCCUGGGAUUUUCACAAAUACUGGUCUUGCACUAGGUUAGACAGAAUGAAUAAAUGUAUGAACAAACGAAUGAACAAAAGAAUAUCCAGUGGGCUGCAUAUCUGUGGUCAGAAAUGUGUUGUUGAUGAGAGAGGUCAGAAAUGAAUGGCCAGACUGGUUUGAGCUGGCAAAAAAGUGAAAUAUUAAAUAUCCACUCUGGUAAUAAGCAGAAAAGCAUCUCAGAACUCACAACACAUCACACUUUAAGGUGGCUGGGUACAAAACCAGAAGGCUACAUUGGGCUCCACUCCUGUCAGCUAAGAACUGAAACUCUCCAGUUUUGGUUAUCUGAAGCUCAUGCCUUUCAUCUGGAUGAUUUUCUGAGUUGUGCUGCUGCCAUGUGAUUGGUCGAUUGAAUAAUUGCAUGAAUGUACAAGUGUUCCUAAUUAAGUGUCUGGUGAGUGUAUGUGUUUGCAGCUAAAAGCUACUUUUGUGUGAUAGGUAGUAUCCUACUGAAGGUUUCAGGUGUGUCAGAAGCUUUUUACCUCAAUCCUUUGCAAGCCAGUGUGAAAGACCAACUGAGAUAUUCCCAUGCCACUUCUUUUAAAUCAUGCCCCUGCUAGUGGCUUUUGAUAGGAUUAUCUUAUCAAUGGUCCUAAUUGAGUUUGUGCCACUUUCAGCAUUCUUUCAAUAAUGUAAACUAGUGUGUUUUGUGUAUGCCAUGAAUAUCAAUUGCUUUGUGCAAAUGUGCUUUCUCAAGGAUAACCAAUACCAUACAGAUGCCAACCCUCACAACUCUCUUUGCUGCCCGAGUCAUCUGUGUCUAUACGAUUAUGCAAUUAGAUCAGUUUCACUGUGUUCAAGAACACCAGCUAAUACCCCAUCUGCCCCAGAAUUGGCGCUACCCAAGCUGGCUAUUCGAGUACACACCUACAAGAUGCUUUCUGUAGAUUUUGACUUCUUAAUCUUUCUGGAACUGGCUAGAAGAUGAAAUACACAGUACUGUCUUUGCCAUGGACAUGUAUGCCAUUGUGCAAUAUGGAGAAGCCAUCUGAAUGUAUAAGUCAUUGCCGGAUCAUCUCGGUUUAUGAGUUUUAUUAUGUAUGAUAAUGUAAUUUCAAGAUUUACAAAACAUUUGUUUUUUUAAUGUUGUGUCAGUUUGUGUUGACAGAAACUGUGUUGUUUUAUCCAGAUAGUAGUUGUAACUAUGCUUUAAUGAUGUGAUUGAUCAUGUAAAGCAGAGAUGUCCAAUCUCACCUACAGAAGCCUUGUAUGACUGCAGGUUUCCAUUCCAACCGAGCACAAGCCACACCUCACCUUCUUUAGGCUAUUGCUAUUGAUAUGAAUCAAUGACUAAAUGUGGCUUCUGUUUGGGUGGACUGAAAGCCUACAGCGACACUGCCUAUUUGCUAAUAUGACUGAAGGACAGACCAAGGGUUUUUAACACAUUGCUAGUCCUGGAUGCCAACUGUAAUGCAAGAUUGUGUUGCUUCAAACACACCUGAUCAAGCUUAUCUAACCCAGCAUUAUUGGUUAGCAGCACCGAGUAUGAAACAAAAUGGGAAUCCUUGAACCACAAUGGCAACAUGCAAAACAACUGGACUGGUAGUCAACGUUAUCUACUGAUCAACACACCUGUGGUUUAGUUGUUUUUCUCAGUGAUCAUAAUUCAUUACAAAGAUGUCAAAGUACUCUUGUCUAUUUCUGGUAACUUAACACCAUACCAUGAUAUUUCUGUGCAAUUGUUCGUAAAAACCAGGCUAAUGUUAAAUGAUCUGUGUGCUUCUCUAUGCCAACUGCUCAUCAUACCUUUUGCACUUUGUGAAAAUGAUUGCCGUUUUAAGUGAUUGUUCAGCCAUACUGUGACAAUGGUAACGUGUGAGGAUGUAUAAAUGCUUUUGGUAAAAUGA